AUGGAAACCACAAAAGCCCACCACACCUCCGUACCAUCCUCGAACCCACCCAGCGUGGAAGUCGCCUACAAGCGCAAAUGCAUCGCCCUCAAAAAACGCCUCAGCGAGAUCGAGGCCGAAAAUGAGAUGAUGAGCGUCCGCAACCGCCGCGGCUGGCAGUACAUCCAGAAGAUGCGCCUCGAGUCGUGCAUCCUGCUUGAGCACCUCGCCAAGGUCACCGGCAUGGCUGAGGAAGCUCAGGCCGGCGGCGUUAGCUCCGAGUUGCGUGCCCGCGCCGCGGGAUUGAUGUCGUCUGCUGCUGGGGCGAAUGGCAUCGCUGAGGAGAAGAUGAAGAAUGGGGAGUCUGCGGCGGGGUAUUAUGAGGAUGAGACGGAGGGGAGCUCGGAUGAGCAGCCUCCUACUCCCCAAGAACGUCCCCUCCGCGUCAAACGCUCCCGUAAGUCCAACGUGCCCAACGAACUCGGCGACGACGACGCCGCCUCCGCCACCAACGCCGUUGAACCCUCCGCCGUAGUCGGGUCCUCGACCCUCCCGCGCCUGGCCCCGGCCCCCUCACAGGACGACAUGACCUCGUCCUUCCGCGUCCAGUCCGGCAGCAACGGCGACAAGGAGAGCAAUCACAACGAGGGUAGUGACCGCGGCAGCCAACAACCACCGGAGGGAUCAAGGGUUCCGGAACCUGAGGACGAUGAGGGUGCCACGACGCCAAUGGAUAUGGAUAUGAAGGAGCCGAAGGAGGAGAGUUGA